AUACCACCACCAUAAACCAUACACCGUUGUCUUGCACUGCUCGGACGACACGGCCGCUUCCUGAUGCACUGUUACCGUUGAAGCUGACGUGGACGCCGUCAAUUUCCACCCCCUUCACACACCGGCAUCGAAGUAUCCUGCAUCACCUUCACCAUGACUAAACACCAGGCUUCUACGUCUCGUUAUUAUGGACCGGGAAUGGAUCAUUCUAUUAUCCGGAACCACCGCUCUGCCCCACGAACAACUAUCCAAACACCCAUAAUCCUCAAACCAUCCUUCGAGUGGCAAAAAUGGGACGAGCUUGUUAUCAGAGUUCGGGGCCUCGUAGAUACAGAAACAACAUAUUCUGUGUGGAAGAACUUCAGAUCCCAGGGAAAUAUCACCUUCAUCGAGCUUUUUGAGACCAGAAGUGGACCACGAGAGAUACAAGCAAAGGUCAAAUUCUCUCCACCGCCUAAGGAUCCCUUUUGGUUAAUGUCUAAGCCAAAUCCUGGUAAAUACACCAUGAGGGAUGCCAACUACUGGUACGUGGUCAACGUUUCCAUGAAUGAUGACAGGAGACAGGGUCUGCAAAUUCAGAGUCCCAUCCGAAGACACAUCUUUUACGACCCCAAAAUGAAGAUGUCCGCUACUGCCCUCCAUUUCGGCCUCAUGAUCAAUCCGCAGUCCAUAAUGCCAAUGCACUCUGUUACCCCCAUCCAGGAAGACUUGACGUUCGUUGUUGAUCUCCUGCGCAACCGAAUCGUCGCAUCCUUCAAUGUGCACUUUCAGGAUCCGCGUACUAAUGGAGCCACAGACUAUCUCAGCAAUUCGAAAGUGGCAGAAUACAAUCGAGUCAAUCGGUACAUGUUUCAGGUACCGUUUGGUCAAGUGGAGAAGAUCCAACGAAUGGACCUUAACCCUCAAGUCUUUGCCCUGGUCAUCACCCUAGAUUCCCCUCCUCAGUUCUACCGAAAGCGAGAGGACGAGAAAGCCGGACAUGCAGACGGAAGUCUAAUCUGGUCUGACUUUGAUACCUGGUACCGGCAGACGGAUAUUGUGUAUGAUCCUUACCGCUUGCAAACAGCCAAGGUCACUCUUCAUAAAGAGAGACCAGUUAUUGACAUUGGCCGAUGGACGACAUAUCUCUUUGAGUUCCCCCGCUACCGAAACUCGGAUGGCCUCUUUGAUACAAUGAAGCAGGCUUUGCAGGACUUUAACAUCGAGAUUCUCACCGUUCCAACUCUCACCAAGGUCCCACCUCAGGCCGCCGCCCUCUGGUCUCUGAUCGACCCGGCAGUGUCUACCUCAGGUUCUGGUAACCUACUGCAUCUAGAAGGCAAUGACCCCGCUAUGUCCCUGCCUUUUGAGGUUCGAUAUCAACUGGAAGUCUGCAUCUCUCGUGAAAUUAUCAACGAACACAACAUCACCAAACCAUUCGUCAAGAAGCUCGCAGAAAUCGCGGCUAAGGAUUCCACAAAGGCACGAGAUAUCCUUGAAUACGUCGCAGGACAAGAAAAGCGUGUUUUCGAUCCCAUGUCGAUUUUUAAAGACGUGGAGGCUCUUGGAUUCUCCUCGAAGGCAGAAAUUCCUCACUACUGUGCUUAUUCUCGCAAGGCGACAAUUACGCCAAGUACAAUCUACUUCAGCACACCGACGGUUGAGACCACCAAUCGAGUACUUCGACACUACGCCCGGGAGAACCAAGAUUGCCGCUUUCUCCGCGUCCAAUUUACAGAUGAGCUGUUUGAGGGUCGUAUCAAUGCUUGUGCCGAGAAGCAGAGAAACGAUGAACUCUUCACCCGUGUUUACCGAACUCUUUUCAAUGGUAUCCAGAUCGGGGAUCGCCAUUACGAGUUCUUGGCAUUCGGCAACUCUCAAUUCCGUGAGAAUGGUGCCUACUUCUUCUGCCCGACAGACCAUCUAUCCUGUGACGAUAUCCGCUACUGGAUGGGGAAUUUCUCUGAUAUCAAGGUCGUUGCGAAAUAUGCAGCUCGAUUGGGUCAAUGCUUCUCCACAACGAGAGCUAUCAACGGACUUUCGAAGCCUGAUAUCGUAAAGAUUCCUGACGUGUUCCUGGGGCAAAAUAAGGAAUACUGCUCAACGGAUGGAGUCGGCAAGAUUUCUCCCUUCCUUGCACAGAUGAUUGCGGCAGAGCUAGGUAUUCGUUCAAACACAGCACCAUCUGCCUUCCAAUUCCGACUUGGCGGAUGUAAAGGCAUACUCGUUGUUUGGCCUGAAGCUAAGGACAAGGAAGUACACAUUCGAAAGAGCCAGCAGAAAUUCACUGCUACUUACAACGGCCUUGAAAUCAUCAGAUGCUCUCACUUGUCCUGCGCCACUCUCAAUCGGCAGACAAUUACGAUCCUGUCAUCCCUCGGUGUCGAAGACGACGUAUUCUUGAAGAUGCUUACUGAACAGCUUGAGAACUAUCAGAGUGCUAUGAGUAACGACGACCUAGCUGUUAGUCUCCUAUUGAGAUACAUCGAUGACAACCAGAUGACAAUCAAUAUUGCCACCAUGAUCCGAAACGGCUUCAUGGCCGAGAGAGAUCCAUUUGUGAUGUCCCUGCUUCACCUUUGGCGCGCCUGGUCCAUCAAGCUCCUCAAGGAAAAGGCUAAGAUCAUUGUUGAGAACGGGGCAUUUGUUCUUGGUUGCGUAGACGAGACCGGAACGUUGCGAGGAUACGCGAAGCCCACAGUGGCUCCCGGCGAGCAGCUCACGAAGGAUGAGUUGCCACAAAUUUUCCUGCAGAUUCCAGACAAGACCGAUCCAAAUCGGUAUAAUGUCAUUCAAGGCAUCUGUCUUGUUGGGCGGAACCCGUCUCUGCACCCUGGCGAUCUCAGAGUCGUGGAGGCAGUCGACGUUGAAGCCUUGCAUCAUCUCAGAGAUGUUGUGGUCUUUCCAUUGAAAGGCGAGCGCGACGUCCCGAGCAUGUGUUCCGGAGGUGAUCUUGAUGGUGAUGACUUUUUCGUCAUUUGGGAUAAGGACUUGAGACCACCGGAGUGGAACUGUGAACCGAUGAACUAUUCUGCUCCUCCACCAAAGGAGCACAAUCGACCAGUCGAAGUCACUGAUUUGAUGAAGUUCUUCGUCCGCUUCAUGAAGAAUGAUUCCCUACCGACAAUUGCACAUGCUCACCUCGCUCAAUCAGACUUCCUCGAAGGCAGUGUUAAGGACCCAAAAUGCCUUGAACUCGCAGCCUUGCACUCUAAGGCAGUCGACUAUGUGAAGACGGGCGAGCCAGCUCAGAUGCCGAAGCGUCUGCGUCCUGGCAAAUGGCCACACUUCAUGGAGAAGCGGCACAAGCCGAAAGACGCUCAGUAUCACUCGAACAGGAUCCUUGGCCAACUUUAUGAUAAGGUUGAGACUGUCAAUUUCAAGCCCCAGUACGAAGAACCAUUCGACAAGCGAAUAUUGCGAGCAUACUCGUUGGAUGACGAUAUAUUGAAGACUGCUCGUCAACUCAAGGGCAAGUACGACAGGGAAAUGCGUCAGAUUUUGGCUCACCACGAAGUCAAGACGGAAUUCGAAAUUUGGUCAACCUUUGUGCUCUCCAAGCCCCGCGUCGGCAGCGACUACAAGCUUCAGGAAGAGAUUGGCAGAAUUUCUGACGGUCUGAAGGACAAGUAUCGCACUGAAUGCAUUAAGCACGCUGGCAGUAAAGAUUUCGCCGUUCUUGGACCUUUCGUGGCCGCCAUGUACAAGGUUACUAAGGAGGAAAUGGACAUCAUGCUGGCGGAGUGCCGCUCAAUGAAGAUUGUCGGCGGCAGAGAGGUACCGAGACGCAAAAUGGAGCCGAAAUCCAUGCCCUUGAUGUCAUUUCCAUGGCUAUUUGAGAAGGAACUUGGCCGCAUCGCUACUGGCAUUGAUGUCUCCGACGAUCUUGAGGAUCUGGGCCUGGCUCCUCUGACUCUUGGCGAGGCUGGCCAUACGCGAAAGCGACAAGGUGGCGGACUUGUUGAUGUCGACGAUUACAUUCAGCAAGAAGACGGUAUCAUUGUUCAUCGUGGCGAAGAACUUGACUUGUUCCGCCAUGACGGUGACUCCGACGAUCUCUCUGAUGAUGGCAAUCUCGAUAUCAGAGACUCGCAUGACUUCACAAUGGGCGGCUCCGGAGAGCUUGUUCUGGCAACUGAGUUCCACAUAGACUCACCAAUCCUUGAGCACUUGCGCAGUGGUACUGGAGUUGAAGACGUUGUUCCGAGAACCAUCUUGGACGGAUUUGAUGACCCGCGAGAGGUGCAAUCCUAUGACUCUACCGGCUCGAGACCGUCGUAUUUCAAGAGUUGGCGACGAAGCUCAUCACCCAACACUAAUAAUGCUGAGGGAAGCUCACCUGCGACUUCAGACCAUGCGUCUGUUGCGACGCCUACUUCAUCUCCCGUCGUCGACAUCGCUGCCAAUACCGCCGAUCCAGAGCCUCCCGAGGAAGUUGAAGAAGAGAUUGUUGAGCUCAAGAUCAAGGAGUCGCCUUUGGAGAAGUUGUCAAAAUUUGUUGGCGGAUUAGCAUCUGAAGCAACUCGUUCGGAGGAGGACGGUGUCGUGGAGGAAGAGGUCAUGCCAGUUGAGAUCAAGGGCUCUGUUUUGGACAAGUUGGCUCGCAUGAUGGACUCUUAAGUUUCUCCUGAUCUCUGGUCUCCGUGAGGAGUGAGCUGGUGGUUCUUUCCCGUCCUUUGUAGUGGGCACUUCUGGGUUGAUGAAGUUUGCAUUG